AUUGAUCAAAUCAGGAUGGCUUUAAACUCAGGGUCACCAGCACCUUACUAUGAAAACCACGGGUACCAGCCAGCGAACUUCUACCCUCCACAGCCCCCUGGGGCUCCCAGUGCCCCCCCAGCGUACGCAACCCCCUACUACCUGUCCCCCGUGCCCGAGUACGUCCCGAGGGUUCUGACGCAAGAUUCGACGCCAGUCAUCCGCCCGCAGCCCAAGCCCCCAUCGCCGACUGUAUGCUCCUCAAAAGCCAAGAAAGCGCUCAGUAUCACCUUCACGGUGGUGGCUGUCCUUUCCGGCGUGGUGCUGGCCGCUGUCCUGCUCUGGAAGUUUUGUGAGUGCAGGGGGAGCUGGACCCUGAGUGCGGGGGGGAGCUGGUCUCACAGUCUGUGGUGUGGUGCGGUGUGGUGUUGUGUUGUCUGUCCCUCACGCACUCAUGAAGACUCUCCCUCUCCCACAGUGCGCCUCUACGGACCCGACUUCAUCCUGCAGGUGUUCUCUGCCCAUAGGAAGUCCUGGCACCCCGUGUGUUGGGACGACUGGAGUGAGAGCUACGGACGGGCAGCCUGCAGAGACAUGGGCUACAAACAAAGUUUCUACUCCAGCCAAGGCGUGGUGGACAACAGCACUGCCACCAGCUUUAUGAAGCUGAACACCAGCGCCGGGAACAUCGACCUCUACAAGAGGCUGUUCCAUAGUGAUUCUUGUUCUUUGAAAAGAGUGGUGUCUUUACGCUGUAUAGAGUGUGGGGUCACCACCAAGGUAACCCGCGAGAGCCGGAUCGUGGGGGGCAAGAACGCCAGCCUGGGGGAUUGGCCCUGGCAGGUCAGCCUGAAUGUCCAAGGCGCCCACGUCUGUGGAGGCUCCAUCAUCACCCCUGAGUGGAUCGUGACGGCCGCCCACUGUGUGGAAGAGCCUCUUUCCAACCCCCGGUACUGGACAGCCUUUGCGGGGAUUUUGAAGCGGUCUUUAAUGUUCUAUGAAUAUGGAUACCAAGUAGCGAAAGUUAUCUCUCAUCCAAAUUAUGAUUCCAAGACCAAGAACAAUGACGUUGCUCUUAUGAAAUUGCAGACACCGCUGACGUUUAACGACAGAAUAAGGCCCGUGUGUCUGCCCAACCCGGGCAUGAUGCUGGAGCCGACGCAGACCUGCUGGAUUUCUGGGUGGGGCGCCACCCAGGAGAAAGGGAAAACCUCCGAUGAGCUGAAUGCAGCUCAGGUGCCCCUUAUCGAGCCCUGGAGGUGUAACAAGAGCUACAUCUACAACAACCUCAUCACCCCUGCCAUGAUCUGCGCGGGGUAUCUGCAGGGAUACGUUGACUCCUGCCAGGGUGACAGUGGGGGCCCUCUGGUCACUUUGAAGAACAGUGUCUGGUGGUUGAUUGGAGACACGAGCUGGGGAUCUGGAUGUGCCCAGGCAAACAGGCCAGGCGUGUACGGAAAUGUGACAGUAUUCACAGACUGGAUUUACCAACAAAUGAGGGCCAAUAGCUAAUCCCUAUGUCCGUGAAACCACUGCACAGGAAGCUGGAAGGCUGUUUUUAAUUCCCGGC